GUGAAACAUCCGGGACUUGGGCAAACCAGAAUCUCCGCCAUCAUCCGCUAGCGCCCCUGACGGUCUGACAUCUUUAUCGUCGUCAUCCUCCUCCUACGCACCGGUCAGCCGCCUCAUUUCCCCAGCAGUUAUUUCCCCGGAAGUCGCAUGUCAAUCCAGAACCUUAAUACUUUCGACCCCUUCGCUGAUGCAGCUGGUGGGACAGAAGAGGGAGUGCAAGAUGGUCUGGUGCAUAUAAGGAUCCAGCAGCGCAAUGGCCGGAAGACACUCACCACAGUGCAGGGCCUCUCCUCAGACUAUGACCUGAAGAAGAUUGUCCGCGCCUGCAAGAAGGAGUUUGCAUGCAACGGCACAGUAGUUGAACACCCUGAAUACGGCGAGGUUCUACAGCUGCAGGGUGACCAGCGGGAGAACAUCUGCCAGUUCUUGACCAAGGUGGGGCUGGUGAAGGCUGACCAAAUCAAGGUGCACGGCUUCUAAAUGCACCCCCGCCCCGCCCCGCCCCGCCCCAUUAUGCCCCACACCACCUACACCGCCACCACCGCCAACACCAGGCAUCCACACGCUGAUAGAACUGCUGGUGGAGGAGGUGGAGGAGGAGAGGAAGGAGGAGGAGGUGGAGGUGGAGGAAGAGGAGGAGGAGGAGGAGGAGAAGGAGAAGGAGGAGGAGGAGGAGGUCUAAGGAGGUGGUGGUUUUAAGAACAUUGUCAUAUAAGCAAUAACAUCAACUACUACUACUACUACUACUACUAUUUCUACUACUACUACUAUCUACUACUACUACUACUACUACUACUACUACUUUUCUACCACCACCACCACCACCACAAUUUGCCACAAGAAAUUUUAGUUAAAAGCCCCAAAAAUACCUUCAAAACUUCCCUUACCCU